AUGCCAAUGCCAUCUUCUACUUAUCCCACGCGUCAGCUUGGCCGCAGCGGUCCGCACGUCAGUGUGAUCGGUUUCGGCGCCAUGGGCCUCGGCGCCUUCUAUGGCAAACGUGCAGACGAGAAACAGGCUUUCGAUACUUUGUCCUAUGCCGCAGACAGGGGUGUAACAUUCUGGGAUACCGCAGACAUCUACGGAAACAGCGAGGAAACAUUGGGCAAAUGGUUCGCUCAGACAGGAAGGCGAUCCGAGAUUUUCCUUGCCACCAAAUUCGGCUCUCGAGACCUCACACCCGGUGCAGCGAACCCGGACGUGCCAAACAGCAAGCCAUCCUACAUCAAGCGCCAGAUUGAGAAUUCUCUCAAGGCUCUGCAGACUGACUGGAUCGACUUGUAUUAUCAGCACCGUGUUGAUCCAGAGGUGCCAGUCGAGGUCGUGAUGGAGACUCUGCGUCCCUACCUGGACAGCGGCAAAAUCAAGUAUAUUGGUUUGAGCGAAUGCAGCGCCGAGGUCCUACGUCGCGCUAAGAGUGUUCCUGGAGUUGGCGAGAAGCUCAUCGCGUGCCAGAUGGAGUACAGCCCUUUCGAGGUCGAGAUUGAGAAGGACGGGUUCCUCUCCACGGCCAGGGAGCUCGGAGUGUCUGUCGUAGCCUAUUCCCCUCUAGGCCGAGACAGAAAACUCACCAUCCGCAGGUUCAAGUCAGCUAAAGACUUCGGCCCAGACGACAUUCGUUCGUGGUUCCCGCGCUACCAGGGAGAGAACUUCGCAAAGAACUUGGAACUCGCUGAUAAGUUUGCUGCUGUGGGAAAGAAAGUCGGAGCGACGCCUGGCCAGGUUGCGCUUGCCUGGAUCCUGGCAGAGAACCCAGACUUCGUCCCUAUCCCCGGCACUAAGACCAUCCCGCGUCUGGAGGAGAAUGCUAAGGCCGCGGAGGUCAAGCUCUCAGCUGAGGAUGUCAAGGAGGUUCGGGAGGCAGUGGAUGCAGCGGAUGUGGUUGGUCCGCGUUAUCCGGCCAAGUUCAUGGAGAUGUUGGCAAAGCCUAACCUUCCCCUGGACCAGUGGAAGGGCGAGCAGUGA